GUGGUCUUUACUAAAGGUUCACGGUUCCCUCACCGAAAGUAGGCGACCUACAGUAAACACAGCUUUAGGCUCACGAGCAUGCGCAAAGCGGACGUACGCGUACCGGCGCACGCGCCACCCGGUACUAUGGAGUCUUAUACGCAGGAGGAUUGUCUGAACCUUCAUGUCAUGAAUAAUUCAGCAGUUGACUCGGGAGCUGAGGCUUACCUAAAGUUUAUGAAGAAGUACUGCUGUUACGACGCCAUUCCCACCAGCUGUAAGCUCGUCAUUUUCGACACGGCUCUGCAGGUAAAGAAAGCCUUCUUUGCAUUAGUGGCAAAUGGUUUACGAGCGGCGCCACUGUGGGACAGCAAACUGCAGAGAUUUGUGGGUAUGCUGACCAUCACAGACUUCAUCAACAUUCUCCAUCGCUACUAUAAAUCCCCCAUGGUUCAGAUUUACGAGCUGGAGGAUCACAAGAUUCAGACAUGGAGAGGUGAUUCAUUUCAAAACGUUUACCUGCAGUACUAUAACCAAAGCCUCAUUAGCAUCACACCUGACGCGAGCCUCUUUGAUGCCGUUUAUUCUUUACUGAAGCACAAAAUCCACCGUCUGCCUGUCAUCGACCCUGAAUCUGGAAACGUCCUCCACAUUUUAACCCACAAGCGAAUUCUCAGAUUCCUGUAUAUAUUUAGAUCAACGAUCCCAACACCACGAUUUCUGCAGAGGAAAAUUGAAGAAGCGGGAGUCGGGACUUUCCGGGACAUCGCCACUAUACAGCAGACGGCCACGGUGUACGACGCUCUGUCUGUUUUCGUGGAGAGACGAGUAUCUGCACUGCCCGUGGUGGACGAAAAUGGUAAGGUAGUGGCUCUUUACUCAAGAUUUGACGUAAUAAAUCUGGCCGCACAGAAAACCUACAACAACCUGAGCAUUAGCAUGAAGGAGGCUUUAAGGAGACGGCGCUGUUUCGUCGAGGGAGUUAUUAAGUGUUAUCCUGACGAAACGUUGGAGACCGCCGUCGACAGAAUCGCCAAGGCAGAGGUUCACAGGCUGGUUCUGGUGGACCGAGACGACGACACGGUUCAAGGCAUCAUCUCCCUCUCAGAUCUUCUCCAGGCCAUGAUUUUAUCUCCAGCGGGCAUCGAUGCUCUGCUCGCGUAGCCUUAACGUGACGAGUCCACGCCUCAUCCUACGUUCACUCCUUCCACCUUCUCCUCCAUCACACGCCACCGAUAUUGCCGAGUGAUGUGACACGAUGUUGAUACACACACCACACACACACACACACACACCACACACACACACACUCCCCGUGGAAAUAAGAGCUUCAACAGCUG